GAAGUGUUUCAUUUUCUGAGAAUGUGAGUGCUGUUCAAAAACUAGACUUUUCAGAUACAAUGGUGCAACAAAAAUUGGAUGAUAUCAGGGAUCGAAUCAAGAGAGAAAUAAGGAAAGAGCUGAAAAUCAAAGAAGGAGCUGAAAAUCUUAGGAAAGUUACAACAGAUAAAAAAAAUUUGGCUUAUGUGGACAACAUUUUGAAAAAAUCGAAUAAAAAAUUGGAAGAAUUACAUCACAAGCUACAGGAAUUAAAUGCACAUAUUGUUGUAUCAGACCCAGAAGAUGUUACAGAUUGCCCACGGACUCCAGAUACUCCUAGUAGUGACCCUCGUUGUUCCACUAGCAAUAAUAGAUUGAUGGCCUUGCAGAAGCAAUUGGAUAUAGAGCUUAAAGUAAAACAAGGUGCAGAGAACAUGAUACAGAUGUAUUCAAAUGGUUCUUCAAAGGAUCGGAAACUGCAUGGCACAGCUCACCAACUACUUCAGGACAGCAAGACAAAAAUAGAAGUCAUACGAAUGCAGAUUCUUCAGGCAGUCCAGACCAAUGAAUUGGCUUUUGAUAAUGCAAAACCUGUCAUAAGUCCUCUUGAACUUCGGAUGGAAGAACUAAGGCAUCACUUUAGGAUAGAGUUUGCAGUAGCAGAAGGUGCAAAGAAUGUAAUGAAAUUACUUGGCUCAGGAAAAGUAACAGACAGAAAAGCACUUUCUGAAGCUCAAGCAAGAUUUAAUGAAUCCAGUCAGAAAUUGGAUCUUUUAAAGUAUUCCUUAGAGCAAAGAUUAAAUGAACUUCCUAAGAAUCAUCCCAAAAGCAGUAUUAUUAUUGAGGAGCUUUCACUUGUUGCAUCACCAACACUAAGUCCACGUCAAAGUAUGAUAUCUACACAAAACCAAUACAGUACACUCUCCAAACCAGCAGCACUAACAGGUACUUUGGAAGUUCGUCUUAUGGGCUGCCAAGAUAUUCUAGAGAAUGUCCCUGGACGAUCAAAAGCAACAUCAGUUGCACUACCUGGUUGGAGUCCAAGUGAAACCAGAUCAUCGUUCAUGAGCAGAACGAGUAAAAGUAAAAGUGGAAGUAGUCGAAAUCUUCUAAAAACCGAUGACUUAUCCAAUGAUGUGUGUGCAGUUUUGAAGCUAGAUAAUACUGUGGUUGGUCAGACUAGCUGGAAACCCAUUUCCAAUCAGUCAUGGGACCAGAAGUUUACACUGGAGCUAGACAGGUCACGUGAAUUGGAAAUUUCAGUUUAUUGGCGUGAUUGGCGAUCUCUGUGUGCUGUAAAAUUUCUGAGGUUAGAAGACUUUUUAGAUAACCAGCGGCAUGGCAUGUGUCUCUAUUUGGAACCACAGGGUACUUUAUUUGCAGAGGUUACUUUUUUUAAUCCAGUUAUUGAAAGAAGACCAAAACUCCAAAGACAAAAGAAAAUUUUUUCAAAACAACAAGGCAAAACAUUUCUCAGAGCUCCUCAAAUGAAUAUUAAUAUUGCCACUUGGGGCAGGCUAGUGAGAAGAGCUAUUCCUACAGUAAAUCAUUCUGGCACUUUUAGCCCUCAGGCUUCAGUGCCUGCUACAGUGCCAGUGGUUGAUGUACGCAUCCCUGAAUUUACACCUCCAGCAAGUGAUUCUGCAGUAACCAAAUUAGACUUUGAUCUUGAACCUGAGCCUCCUCCGGCCCCACCACGUGAAUCUUCCCUUGGAGAAGUGGGUGAAUCUGCUGAAUUAAGAGAUGUGGAUACACCCAGGCAGGAUUCAGAAACUGCUUUUGACAUUGAAAAUGACAGAAAUAGUUUACUUCCAAAGUCCCAGUCAGAAUAUGAUCCCGAUAUUCCUCAGUCAGGCCUAAAAUACAGUGAUAUCCGAGAACUUGAGGAUAAAAGAUCUCAACAAAUGUUUCAGUUUAAUCUACAAGACUUCAGAUGUUGUGCUGUCUUGGGUAGAGGACAUUUUGGGAAGGUGCUUUUGGCUGAAUAUAAACACACAAACGAGAUGUUUGCUAUAAAAGCUUUAAAGAAAGGAGAUAUUGUUGCUCGAGAUGAAGUAGACAGCCUGAUGUGUGAAAAAAGAAUUUUUGAAACUGUGAAUAGUGUAAGGCAUCCCUUUUUGGUGAACCUUUUUGCAUGUUUCCAAACCAAAGAGCAUGUUUGCUUUGUAAUGGAAUAUGCGGCCGGUGGGGACCUUAUGAUGCACAUUCAUACUGAUGUCUUUUCUGAACCAAGAGCUGUAUUUUAUGCUGCAUGUGUAGUUCUUGGGUUGCAGUAUUUACACGAACACAAAAUUGUGUAUAGGGAUUUGAAAUUGGAUAACUUAUUGCUAGAUACAGAGGGCUUUGUGAAAAUUGCUGAUUUUGGUCUUUGCAAAGAAGGAAUGGGAUAUGGAGAUAGAACAAGCACAUUUUGUGGCACACCUGAAUUUCUUGCCCCAGAAGUAUUAACAGAAACAUCCUAUACAAGGGCAGUAGAUUGGUGGGGCCUUGGUGUACUUAUAUAUGAAAUGCUUGUUGGUGAGUCUCCCUUUCCUGGUGAUGAUGAAGAGGAGGUUUUUGAUAGUAUUGUAAAUGACGAAGUAAGAUAUCCAAGGUUUUUAUCUACAGAAGCCAUUUCCAUAAUGAGAAGGCUAUUAAGAAGAAAUCCUGAGCGGCGCCUUGGAGCUGGUGAGAAAGAUGCAGAAGAUGUAAAGAAGCAUCCAUUUUUCCGGCUAGUUGAUUGGAGUGCUCUGAUGGAUAAAAAAGUCAAGCCGCCUUUUGUACCUACCAUUAGAGGACGGGAAGAUGUUAGUAAUUUUGAUGAUGAAUUUACCUCAGAAGCACCUAUUCUGACUCCACCUCGAGAACCAAGGAUACUUUCAGAAGAGGAGCAAGAAAUGUUCAGAGAUUUUGACUACAUUGCUGAUUGGUGUUAAAUUCCUAGACACUGUGAAACAAAGCAGACUGACUCACAAGAAGACCUCUUAAAAAUAGCAACCCUCCAUUUGCUCUCUGUGCCACCAUUAGCUUCUGAGUUUUUUUAAACACAUGAAGAUUUGUUUAAAUAUUACUCUAACAUCUUCUUAAAAAGUAGUUUCUCAAUGUAAUUUCAACAUAAAUCUGAGCACUGGAAACAGUUUUCAUGGAGUUUAAGCUGAAUGAACAUUGGCUAUGAAAUCUACCACAAAUGAGUAGUACAUUUGGAUCAAAGUUUUAAAAAAACACUUCUGUUUUUGCUAUAUGUCUUCUGUAUGUAGUUUUGCUGUAUGUAGUUUUGCUAUAUGUCUUCUGUAUGUAGUUUUGCUAUAUGUCUGCUUUCAAUGAAAGGAAGGUUAUUAAUCAGUUAAUUUCACUUAGCUAUAUUUUACAAAAAGAAAACAAAAGGGCUUGGGAUGCUAUUACUAUUUACACAUAGUAUGAUUCUGUUUGAACAAGGCAAAUAUUCUUAUUUUUUUAAAGAAAUUAUUGUAACGUCAAAAAAAUUAGUAGUAGAUUAUGCACAUUUUGGGGGCCUUUUUUAAAUGAAAUGAAUGGAUGUUUUAUAAUUUUUCUAUAUUUAUUAGAAAAUUUUGAUUGCCUUAUCUUUACUAACCAUGUAACAGAGCCUUAUAGCUUUCCAACAGAGCUACUUGCCAAACAAUUUUUUGUUUAUUAAACCAUGCUGAAACCAUGCCCAGAGAAACAGGAACUAACAUCAGCAUUUACUUAAAAUUUUAAGAGUAAGGACUUCGGUCAAACUGAACCAAGACACUCUGUCAUGUGUAUGCAUUCCCAAAGUCUAAACAUUCAGUGUGUUCGGUUGUAUCUUCUUCCAAAAUCAGUGAGCUGAUUGCUCUUUUUUGAUACUCUUGUAUAUUUAUCAACCUAGUUCAUCUUGUUCUUGUGUCUACUGUAGAAGGAAACUAUAUCUUUGUUAAAACAUAGGGGUUAUCAUUGUAUACAUGCUGUGAACAUGUAUAUGUGCAAGUUGUAAUGUAUUCUAUGUUGUAGGUUUAUUAUUUAAUUUCACCACUUUAUCACUUUUGUACAGUGGCCAAGCAGACACCUCAAACUCCAGCAUAUAUGUUAAGUGCAUUUGUACAUUUUGGGCCACUGGAUCCAGACUUUAUAUUGGCAGUACUGAGGGCAAAAGCAAUAUAUUGUAACAGAAUGUAUAAAUAUUUUUGAUAAAACAGUCUAUAUUUUAUAAAAAUUAUUAUAACACUAAAGCUGUACCUCAAAAGACUCGAAAAUUGAUCAAGUACUUUUUACAGAGGAUCCAUUGUGGCUUUUUUUUUUUUUUAAUGCUCUUAUAGGAAAGUCUUUUGCAAACCAUGACUUUUCCACUUGCCUGGAGUUUUUUUUUUUUUCUUUUUUCUUUCUCCCAUCAUCCUAUGAUUUAAUUGUUUUUAUUUCAAUAAUAACAUCUUUCAUUCUGUGCUUUAGCAUGUUGGGGUCAUCAUACCUCUGGAAUAGCAAAUUGUUAACUGACCAUACACAAUUAACCAUUUAAUCAAAGUGGUCUUACGUCAUAAAAAAUAUACAAGUUUGAAUCCUGUAAGAAACAUGAAAGUAUAUGAAUUUAGAGUUGAGCUAAAAACAUAGAUAUGUUAACCUUGACACAUAAAUUGGCAUGUUUUUUGUUGCACUCUGAGAAUAAUCAUUAAUUGUUCAGAGAUAUUUCAUGCAUUCUUUUCAAAUUGAUUAUUAUCCAAGAUCCUUGGGGAGAAAAUCAUACACAGUGGGGGAGCAAUAUUCUGUUUGAAGUUAUUUUAUUUUAAAACACCAGUUAACUUCGUUGGUAAAGGACAGUAGAGAAUCUUAGCUUAACUAUCUGGCUUUAAUUUAAACAGUGUUAACAAAAUAUUAAAAAGAACACUAAGUACUUUUGAGGUACAGUCUGCUCACCUUUUCUGGUUCUCAACUAUGCAGAGAGAACAAUGUCUGAAAUAGACUUUUAGCAUUGAAAAUUGACAUAGCAUUUUGUAACUACACAGUGUACAGAAACUUUUUAACUAGAAGUCAAUCACUAAAAAAAAAAUUAGAGGGCAGCCUAUAUUCACACAAUUAAGCUGAAGAAAGCACUAAUUUUUUUUUCUGUAGUCUUAAAUAUAUAUAUAUAUAUAUAUUUUAGUCAGAUUAAAAA